AUGCUGUCCAUCCGCGCCGUCAUUUGCACCCUUACCUGCCUCCUGUUCUCAGGCUUGGCACUGGCACAAGCAACACCUCGGGCACCAGGCCUGACAUUCCUCUACUCCCUCAACUGCACAUUGGGUGCCUCCCUUCCUGUAGGAGCUGGUCCCAACGGCAACCGUGUGGUGAUCCCCAUCACCGGUGGAUCCUUCAAGGGGCCUCGCUUGUCCGGCAAAGUCCUUCCCCUCGGUGCUGACUGGGGCCUGAUUGACUCUAAGAACACCUUCUCGGCCGACACACGCUACCAGCUUCAGACUGAUGACAAUGCCCACAUCUUCAUCAGCACGAGCGGUCCGGCGCAGUCCGAUGGCUUCAUCCACCUCCGCAUCAAAUUUGAGACGGGGAGCUCCAAGUAUUACUGGCUGAACAACGUAAUUGCAGUCGGGAUUCUGACAUCAGGGAAUGGGUACGUCGCUAUUGAUGCUUGGCAGUUGACGUCGCCGACCAAGGCUUGA